CGGGUGCUACAUAAGGGGUUUCCAGUUAUGCUGUAGGGGAGUUCGGCGAUCGUCUUUUGUCUUUAUUGUUCCAUUUAUAGGGAAUAAUAUGGGAGAGUCUGCAGGAGAGAUGUUGCUGGGUGAAGGAGCCGAUGGUUUGCAGGAAUUCCUCACAAUGCAAUGUUCCCCUAACCUUUAUAAUGUACCGGCGUGUCUGUGAGUAUUCUAGGCAUUAAAUGCGUGUCGUAGUUAUAUGGUAGAAACGCCGUAUAGAGAGGGACUCAGGAAGUCUUGAGGAGCCCGACCCGGCGAGGUAGAGUUGACGAGCCCAGUCAUGUUAGGGUGGCGGUGGUUGAAGUUGCAUUCAUCAGGCGGAGCAGAAGCGAUGGUCGGCGUGCUUGCGCGGUGAUGGCGAAGGCAGGUAACGCGGUGUUGGCGCGGGUUGAGCGUAGUAUUUUGCGUGCAGAGAUACUGUGAGGCGGUGGACGCGGCACUAGUGCUGCAGUGUUGCAGCGGCCAAGGUGAGUAGUGCCGCGCCGAGCUCGCUGCUGGUGGUGGUGCUACUGCAUGCGUCCGCUACCAGGUGUCUCGCACUCACAGUACGUACUCGCGCUCACAAUAUCCACAACUCUCCUACCACCUGCACCGAGCACUCGUGGCUCUCCUGGGAGGCCCUCUCUGCCUCCUGCAAGCAGACAGUGCUGUGCUUGUAUUGAUUGCUGAGUGGAGGUGACAAGAAGUGUGAGAGUGAGGAGGAGGCAGCACACAGGCAGGCUGCCAGCCAAGCAGAGUGUGAGUGGUAUCUGUGCCAGCACUACAGUGAGGCCGCGCUCCCCACCGCCGUCAGCCAGUCCCCCGCUGCCCACUAGUCCAGGGGGAUGCUUGCUGCACCGCUCUCGCUCCCGCGACCACCUCAGUGACAACUUGUGCUCUAGUGGGUUUCUAUCGCAGUGUCUCACAUUCCCCUAGUUACUGAGUUUAUUCCGAUGGAUAUUGUGCAGAAGUGGUGUACAUUUUGUGUCAGUUCUUCAUAGUUUAGUGAGCGAAAACUUUGUGUUAUGAAUACUCUCAUGCACCAUGAUGUUACAGAAAGCUCAUGAUAGUAUGAUCACUUGAUCAAACAACUUACCAGUGAACUCCACCUGACACUGUGGGUUACCGUUGCCCCCUCAAGAAUUAUACCAGUUUCUUCAAGUUUUGGUGUUGGUGGAGGGACGUCUGCCCUACAGAAGAGUGCUUGAUGCUUUCUGCUGCUAGUGAUUCAUUACCCAUUGGCAUUACAGGGGAGGAAGACGGAGAAAUGGUCCGGAAUGGAGAUGAGAGAAAUAAGAUGGAUGUGAGGCGGUAUGAGCUGCGGUGGACACACCACCAGUCCACUGUGGUGGCGGAGGUGGGGUCGCUGUACAGAGAUGCCGCCUUGGUGGACGUCACUCUAGCCUGCGAGGACCAGCGGACCUACCAGGCUCACAAGCUGGUCCUCUCGGCAUGCUCACAAUACUUCCAGGGUCUGUUCUCCCGACACUCGGCACACCAGCACCCAAUCAUCUUCCUCAAGGACGUGAGCGGAGAUGAGUGCGAGGCGCUGCUCACCUACAUGUACCGCGGGGAGGUGUCCGUCAGCCAUGACCAGAUACAUCGCAUCCUUCGUGUCGCCAACUCUCUCCAGGAUGCUGACCCUGUUAAGGAGCCGGAAGCAGCUGUGGGUGAGGCGGAGGACACUCAAGCCGACGGCCAAGAAUCCCAGAAGUUCCAGAACCCGUGGCACCACCUGGAGAAGUACUUUGUCUUAAAUCAAGAGAUAUGACGAACGCCAAUGUCUUGCACUUCCGGUGCGUCAUGUGCCACCCCAAGGGGACCAUCAUUAACGGACAGACGACGAGCCUUUACAACUAGAAGUCGGUGGCUGAGUGGUUAGCGUGCGGGGCCCGCAUUCACCGCGUGAUAGACGAAGCUGGCUCGAAUCCGCCGCUAUCACCUGGGAUUUUUCAGUCACUGCCGAAUGGCUUAAAACUACCCACAUGCUGUCCUGAAGAACACCCAUCAACCCUUACUCUAGAGGAAACCGUCCAAGUGAAUCAAGAACGAGCUCCGGGGUGCAACAUGAGCCAAGAAAAGAUGGCGCCACUGUAAACACUUGACUGCGCCAUGACGGGCUGGGGCCGACUACCAUCCAGGGCCUUCAAGAAAGCCUGGCUGGCACGUAGAAAAAAAAUGUGAAGAGGACACACCCAGCGUAUGCCACCCAGUUUGAUCAUCAUCUGAUUUGAGAUUUCUGGAAAGCUCUGUGUCUAGGCUGCAACAUAUUGAAAUUUCAGGUCACUAGGUCUGUUUUAAGGGUUUUAGAGCCAAGAUACUAAACCGAAGCUAAAUCCAUGCAAAAAAAAUUAGCGGUUAGCGUUAGCUUCCCCUAAUUUCUUUAUCAGUGUAGCGGUUUAGCGUAAGCGAAGCUAAGUUUUUAGUUAGUGGAUUACCAGUUAGCAAAGCUAAUUUUUCGGUUAGCAGUGCCCACCAAUGGAGAGGACAUAGGAAGAAACUUAAUAAAGGAACCUGUUUGAGUGACAUAAAAAAGUAUAGUUUUCUACAUACAAGUGUUAGCACAUGGAACAGCUUGCAGGAAAAGGUGGUGGAGGCGAACAGUGUCCAACAAAUGAAGGAAAGGCUAGAUGAAUGUAGACAUGGAGACGAGACUAUUAGAGCUUAGGUACACACACACACGCACACACACACACACACACACACACUACCAACCAAUUUUAAUUUAUAUAUUUUUUAAUUUAUAAUAUCUGUUAUGUAGUUGAUAAAGUUCUAUGUGUAUAAUUAUAAGCAAAGCAUCGCAAAACAUAAGUAUUUUUUCGUACGGUUUUGAAAACUGUAUUUUUUUUAUUUCUUGAUAAUCACUGCUGCCCCCAAGUUGUGUAUUUGUGUCAUCCAGAUGAUGAACAGUUCAUAGUGAGCCCAGUACAAAUAGGCCACUUCAUGAGUCAAGUGUAGUUUCAGCACCUAGGGAUGCCAGUGUAUGGCAUGUAACACACCCUUGUAUGGAUACAUUAUUGCUGAGGUGUUUUUUUUUUUUUUUUUUUUUUUUUUUUGGGUUGAAUCUAGGCACCUUAAAACAUCAAAGAAUCCAUCAGGUAUAUUCCAAAGAAAGCUCAAUUUCUUAACUUAAUCACAAAAUAUUCUGAUUCAUGUUCAGUAGCUAUUCAUUAAUUCACCAAUUUUCAAAAUCAUGUAGAUUCCCAUGAAAGUAUUUGUAAGGAAUAAAGACAGCAUAAAUUAUAUAAGGGUGUCAGUAGGUGAGUAGAAUAAGUAACUCAUCAGCUUGAAUACCAUUAUUGAAAAUUACUGCAUUAAAAAAUAACUAGAUUUUGCAAACUCAUAUGCUAAAUUUCUUAAAUGAAUCUUAUAUAGAGUUCCUUACUUUGAGGUUAGUUGUGAAGUGUGCUAAACUAUUUUAAUUUUCUCAUUAAUUUGUGCAGUCAUAGCUGCUUUUUUAAUAUUGUUUCACUGUAUGUUUUUUCUUUCCUUUAACUUGAGGAUAGCAAUCAAAUGUGUAUAUUGCUUAUUUUGGUGAUAAAUAUUGUUGUCCUCAUUUCUGGAGU